UAGUAAAAUCUUCCACAAUAAUUGCCUGCUGACUGUAAAGAUAUUCUUCAUCUUCAAAUGAGCAUUCCUGUAAAUUCCACUCUCUCCUUCCCCUGCCAUGUAAUUUACGUUCCCUGCUCAUUAAAAAUACAGAGUCUCUCAAUGACUACUUCAUUUCAUUACUCAAAAAGAGCUCUCCAGGUUUAACUUUUCUCUGGGUUUGUCUCUUUUUCGAGGAUUGAAUUGGAGAUUUGCUGAACCAUUGAAGACAAGUUAAGGGAAGGUGUUGCCUUCACGAAAUGAGUCUUCGUCUCCAACCAACAAUUUUCGUGUUCGUUAUUUCAAUUUUCUGGGUUACUUUAAUCGGAGCUCACAGCUGCAGUAAUUCCUGUGGAACAGGAAAAUCUGCUAAGUCCGUACCAUACCCAUUUGGGUUCUCUUCUGGUUGCCUGAUCCGAUUGAACUGUAGCUCCGGCGCAGUCAAAAUCGAAAAUUUUGAUGUCCUGAACAUUACCCCCAACGGCAUCCUAGUCCAUCUCCCGCAGAAUUGCCGCCGACCCAUCAACUCAAUUAAGCCGCUUUUUGGUAGUAAUUACGCUCUGGCAAGGCAGAACAGUCUGCUUUUCCAAAAUUGUAUUGGUUCGUUUAAUACGUGUGUUAUUCCGACGAGUAUGAUCAGUCCCCAAUUCGACUUACAGAGAUGCAAUUCUAAUAAAAACAACGUCACUAGCUGCGUCUCUCCGGAGGUUAAUAAGGGAAUUGAUGUAUUGAGUUACGAGACCGUGAACAGGACUCCGUGCGCGGUCUUGUUCUCUUCGUUCUUGUUCUCUUCGAUUUCCUUUGACUCGGAGUACUCGCUCCAGUUUCAGAGGAUUGAGUUGGGAUGGUGGCUUAAUGGGCCGUGUUCUGCUGCUAAACAUUGUCACCGAAAUGCACAUUGCACGAAUAUUACGCUCUCCAAUGGUAACGGGUACAGAUGCCGGUGUAAACCAGGUUUUGAAGGUGAUGGGUUCGCCGACGGCGAUGGUUGUCGGAAAAAUUGCAAUUCUUCAAAGUAUAUGGUAGGCCAAUGUGGACGAAUUACUAAAGUUGGUGUUCUUGUUGGAGGAAUUGUUGCUGGAGCUGUGUCAAUGAUUCUUCUGGGUAUUGCAUGUUUUUUUAUCCGCCAUCGAUUCACCUUGAAAGAUCAACUAAGAGCAAAACGCCUUAUAUGUGAAGCUGCUGGCAAUUCUAAUGUUCCAUGUUAUCCAUAUAAGGAAAUUGAAAGAGCCACCAAUUUCUUCUCGGAGAAACAAAUGCUGGGAACUGGUGCCUAUGGUACAGUUUAUGCAGGAAAACUCCACGACGAGUGGGUUGCUGUCAAGAUGUUCAGACAUAGAGAUACCGGUAGCAUUGAUCAAGUCAUGAAUGAAAUUAAGCUCCUUUCCUCUGUGAGCCAUCCAAAUCUAGUCCGCCUCUUAGGUUGCUGUGUAGAGGAAGGCGAGCCAAUUCUUAUCUAUGAAUUCAUGCCUAAUGGGACACUUUCUCACCAUCUACAAAGAGAACGAGGCAAAGGGCUUCCAUGGACGAUACGGCUUACCAUUGCAGCUGAAACUGCUAAUGCUAUUGCCUAUCUCCACUCUGCUGUAAACCCACCAAUUUACCACCGAGAUAUCAAAUCCAGCAAUAUACUCUUGGAUUACAACUACAACUCAAAGGUAGCAGAUUUCGGUCUUUCCAGACUUGGUAUGACUGAAUCAUCCCUCAUCUCAACGGCCCCACAAGGGACUCCAGGCUAUCUUGAUCCUGAAUAUCAUCAAUACUUCCAUCUAUCAGAUAAAAGCGAUGUCUACAGUUUCGGGGUAGUUCUUGUCGAGAUCAUAACUGCAUUGAAAGUGGUCGAUUUCUCUCGUCCUCACAGUGAGGUGAAUUUGGCUGCACUUGCUGUUGAUAGGAUUGGGAGCGGUUGUGUGGAUGAAAUCAUAGAUCCAUACGUUGAACCACAUAGGGAUGCUUGGACUCUCUUGUCUAUUCAUAACGUGGCCGAACUGGCAUUUAGAUGUCUUUCAUAUCAUAGGGACAUGAGGCCAACUAUGAUGGAAGUGGCAGAAGAGCUUGAACAGAUAAGACUUAGCGCAUGGGUUCCUGCAUCACCGGCAGCAUCCUCUUGCUCAUUCUCUGACCAUGGAAGCGAGGCAUCAAUGGGAGGUAUGUCUGUGAAGGAGUCGGCGGUAGGCAAUAUGAGACUGGUUCUUCUACCUAGAGCAACUGAAUGUCUGCAUCCGCUAGAGGAAGUGAAGGAAAGGUCUCCCGUUUCGGUGCACAAUCCUUGGCUAAGUGAACAGAGUUCAGCUUCAACAAACAGUUUGUUGAAUAAUAUAAUUCAAUGACCUCAAAGCUGCUGCUCUCGGGUAAUCGGCCUCGUACAGUUUUGUGAAUAUGGUCGAGGUCUAUAAGUCUAUUAAAGUUUCUGUCAUGUCUCAUUGCUUAUAGAAUCUCUUACAUGCAUUCUGUAUUCUUAAACGUAUCCAGUCUUGAUAUUGAUAGUGUUACAUGCAAAAGAUGUAGCAGUUAAAGAUACAGAUCUAAUAUAUAUAUAUAAAGUGAGAAUUUUAGCUGAUGGUUGCUAUAACUUCCUGGAAAUGUC